UGCAAGUGAGAUAUAUUUUGUUGCAUCUGUUUAAAAGAAACGGUUCUCUGUUUCUAGUAUUUUGGCGCAAUUUGUGUAAUGAAUGUUUGGAAAAAUAAUAACAAUAUAACAGUUUACUAAUUUACUUGCUUUUUAAACAAAAAAUAUUCCGAAAUGUCUACGGCAGCAGCAACAACAGCAGCAGUUCAAGAGGAGGAUUUAGACGAUUCGAGUCUUCAAGCAAAACUGAUCGGAUGUUUGGAGGGCAAUGGAAUUACUGCUGGUGACAUUGCAAAAUUAAAAGAUGCUGGCUAUCAUACAGUUGAAGAAGUCGCUUACACGCCGAAAAAGAAUCUUUUAACUAUAAAAGGUAUAAGUGAAGCAAAAGCCGAUAAAAUUCUGCAAGAGGCAUCGAAGUUGAUGGUGAUGGGUUUCAAAAGUGCUACAGAGAUUCAUCAAAUACGAGCAAAUAUAAUUUAUAUCUCUACAGGCUCAUCUGAGCUUGAUAGAUUACUUGGUGGAGGAAUAGAAACUGGAUCAAUCACCGAAAUAUUCGGAGAAUUCCGUUCAGGAAAAACACAACUCUGUCAUACUCUAGCAGUUAAUUGUCAAUUACCCAUUGACAUGGGUGGUGCUGAAGGGAAAUGUUUAUAUAUUGAUACAGAAGGGACGUUUCGAACUUCUAGAUUGAUUGCAGUAGCAGAAAAAUUUAAAAUAUCUCCAGAAAAUGUUUUAGACAAUGUAGCAUGUGCUAGAGCAUACAAUACAGAUCAUCAAACUCAACUGUUAGUCAUGGCUAGUGCUAUGAUGACUGAAUCAAGAUACGCUUUACUAAUUGUCGACAGUGCCACUGCUCUAUAUCGAACGGAUUACUCUGGUAGAGGUGAAUUAUCUGCUAGACAAAUGCACUUAGCAAGAUUUUUAAGGAUGCUUUUGAGAAUAGCUGAUGUUCAUGGAGUAGCUGUGGUUAUAACAAAUCAAGUAGUUGCUCAAGUUGAUGGAGCAGCCAGUAUGUUUGGUGGAGACCAAAAGAAACCCAUUGGUGGCCACAUCAUUGCUCAUGCCAGUACUACUAGGCUUUAUCUCAGAAAAGGACGAGGAGAAACCCGAAUAUGUAAAAUAUAUGAUUCACCAUGUCUUCCCGAAGCUGAAGCAAUGUUUGCGAUUAAUGCUGAUGGUAUUGGAGACGUUAAAGAAUAAAGAAAGAGUUAAAAAAAUAUUAGAAUUAUCAAAUUCAUUAAUUUCUAUUUUGUUUACUUAGAUUUAAUAUAAAUUUAUAUGUCUCAUAUAAGUUAAUGAAUAUAUGAUUCUUAAGCUAUCGAGAAAACUAAUUCAAAGAUAAAAAAUAAAG